AUGGAGCUCUUUGGCCGCCUUUGGCCAUGGUCCUGUAGCUGUCGCUGCGCCACCACGCGUUGCGAGAGCUCGCUGGAGGAUGAGUUGCCAAUUCGCUUCGUGGAAGAUCUGGAGGAGUUGACCAAUGUCGACGUCUUUCUGGAGAAGGUGGACUGCGCUGUGAAGCGAUGUUCGUUGCCUCCGGGAGCCCAGAGGACGGUGAUAGUGGUUGGGGAUGGAAGCCAUACUGGCACCCUUUGCAACCUGAUCGCUGGCAAGGACAGCUUCGAAAGCCAGCGUUUAGUGAAUCACUGGGAAUCUGUGGACGGUGCCAUCAGCAUCCUGAAAAUGAACCUGGCGAAACUAGCCGACUUGGAGGUGAAUGACCAGAUUUCGCGUUCACCGCAUUCAGAGGCAGUCGCGCAGGCAGCGCGAGAAGCCCUGGCUGAUUUGCUCCUCUGGGCGCAUCGGGGCAUCAAUGUCUUGCUCUAUGUGGUCCCCUUCGGGCCAGUCUCAGAGGAACGCAUCAGGAGGUUGAUCUUUCUGACUCAGUAUUUGCUGGGGAAUGAGCUCUUGCUCCAUUUGUACGUCGUGGUUUGGAAGCCCUGGGGCAGUGGGAAGAGAUGGGAAGAGCCACUGGAUCGCUUGGCAUCCUGUGGGCUUGAUUUGGAGGUCAAUAGAUGA